GUUCAUCUACCAAAGCUGUCCACGCUCCGCCUGCACAGACCGUGACAUUACGCACAGAUUCCCGUCUGCAAACUAGCCGGCAAAAAAAGUGUCGUGAACUCACCCAUUGAAUCUGCAAGGGAUGCGCAGACUCUGCGCCCAGAGAAUGCGUGACCUCUGUUGUUAGUUCCGGAUGCGGUCAAGCAUUUUGCCUUACUCUGACAGGGUAUGCGCGCAGACCCACGUAGUUUGACGCAAAGUUUACAAAAGUCUGUGCGUUGCGAACCCACCCUUUGUUUUUGUAAAUCUACGACAGUCGCUGUCUGUGUUUUUCGAGAGGAUAUUCUUUUAAAAUGUUUUGUUUUGUUUACAAUAGGUGUAUAAAGAUAGAUGCACAGAUGUAGUAAAUAUAAAAAUGAACAAAAACAGCGAGUUUGUUAAAUGUAAUUUAUUCAAACUCCUGUAUUUCAAUUGGUGACACGGAAAAACAUGUAGGGAUGCUGGUGCUGUUUUCUCCAGUUGGGAUAAUAUGUCCAGUCAGUGAAAACUGAAUGGACCAAAGCGUAAGCCUUCUAAUAUCUGCAGAAAUAGCCAAAACCCAUCCCUAACCUGUUGCCAUGUCCCUGGAAAAGACAACAGACCUGACUAAUGACACCUGCCUGCAGACGCCCCUUCGGUUGAAUCUACAGUCUCCUUAUAAUGCCUUACUGGACCCUGAGAUCAGGAAAGACACAUCCCACAAUGAACACAGCAGAUAUGAGGAGGACAAACAUGCCAAUAAUCAUGAGACUGAGCAAACCAACAAACCCACAAACGAGAAUGCCAAUGACAAAUGGGUGAAGGAGGGCCAAAAUCAGCUGAACAAAGCAGCUGUGACAGAGAAGCAGGAUCAGAAUCACAAUCUUCAAUCCCCUUCUGGGGAUAGCAAGCAGGGCAAUGAAAAAAGGGGUGAGAAAGAAACACCAGCCAAGGGAUUUAUACCCUUCUACUCUAACUUGAAGCUAUCUGCUGAGAACCUGGCCGAAGAGACCAGCAGUUUUGUUAGUUUACAGGGGCAUACCGUUAAGUUGGUGGGAGAAAAAAAUGAUGUCAAAAUUUUGGAGACAGAGUUGCAGAAGGAUGACAGCAAGAGUGUCUGCCUUUCUUUGGAGAUGAGAAACUCUGCCCAGAGUGAUGAGGACUCUAGCUGGACCAGCCUCUCUCAGGACAACACCUCCUAUAGCCCUGAUGGAGACUCAGAUCACUUCUGGAACUGCAACCCCUUUGAGACAGACACAGAUUUGCCAGCUGGAUGGAUGCGAGUUCGAGACACAUCUGGGACUUACUAUUGGCACGUCCCCACAGGAACUACGCAGUGGGAUCCCCCUUCCCUAGCUGGGGAGACAGGAAGACCCUCUAGCACUUCACAGGAAACCCCACACACUGUGGAACAAAAUGAACUGCAGGCAGAUGAGGUGACCCCUGACCAUAGUUUGAGGGAGUUUGAAGGGGCAACAUUGCGAUAUGCUUCACUCAACCUCAGCAGUCUGUCUGAAGAGGAGAAGAUGAAGUCUUUCGACAUGGAAGCUAAGUGUUUUGCUGUCCGCUCUCUGGGCUGGGUAGAGAUGUCAGAAGAGGAACUGGUCCCUGGGAAAAUCAGUAUUGCAGUCAAUAACUGUAUCCGUCAGCUCUCCUACCACAAACGCAAUCUGCACGACACAGCUGGCAUCUGGGGAGAGGGGAUGGACAUGUUGCUGGUCCUGGAGAAUGAGUCCCUGAACCUGAGAGACACUGAUCGACAGACACUGCUGCACACACAACCAAUUGUCUGCAUCCGAGUCUGGGGGGUGGGCAGAGAUAAUGGCAGGGACUUUGCAUAUGUGGCAAGGGAUAAUCUGACCCGCGGGUUGAAAUGCCACAUAUUCCGAUGUGACACUCCAGCAAAGAACAUUGCCACAAGCCUGAAUGAGAUCUGCUCCAAGAUCAUGGCAGAGAGAAAGAGUUCAAAGUCCUGUCAAAGUCUCGACAUCGACCCCUCCAAGCUUGUUGAAAUACCCUUCCAAGAAUUCCCUGUUCCAAAGAAUGACAUGGUUCAGCAGUUCCAGGUCCGAUAUCUGGGCAAUGUCCCAGUUACUAAACCUGUAGGUAAGGGACUUAUAGGAAUGAAUAUUGUGAAUAGCGCUUUGGAGACGGCACUGAGCACCAAAGACAAACCUGAAUGGCCACCAGUCAUCGUCAAUGUAGCAUCAGCUACACUCACAGUCAUCGCUGAGGAGACAGAUGAGGUGCUUUGUGAUUGCCGGGUGAGAUUUCUCUCCUUUAUGGGUGUUGGAAAGGACGUCCACACGUUUGCCUUUGUUAUGGCAGAAGGUCCAGGAAACUUCAACUGCCACAUGUUCUGGUGUGAGCCCAAUGCAGCUAGCCUCUCCGAGGCAGUUCAAGCUGCCUGCAUGCUACGUUACCAGAAGUGUCUGGAUGCACGUCCCCCUGGAUCUGGCUCUCAUCUCCCAGCCCCUCCUGCUGGUUCAGUGGCACGCUGUAUGGGGUCUAGUGUUAAAAAGGGAGUCCAGAACCUUCUGGACAGUUUUAAACAAAAACGGGCAGAUGCACAGACACCCUAGUCGGACCGCUGAAGUGUAGGGUACCAUGCACUUAAAGUAAACUGGCAUAUUGCUGUGGUAUAAAACAACAGGACUGUGGGAGAACAAACUAUAUUGAACUCUAAACAGUACUGCUGGCUUGCCAGAAACCAAAUUACUAAUUGUAGCACUUAGAAAACAGAAGCUCAUCAAAGAAAAUAUCUGGACAAAAGAACCUUCAGAGCAUCAAUAACUAUGCUUUCUGAUAAGAAACAAAACUAUUAUCUUGUACCAAUGCUACAAGAGGCAAUUUGUAUGAAUUAUCAACUGUCAUUCCUAAAACAUGCAGACGAUUAGCUCCCAACUACAUAUUUAACAAAGCUGUCAGUUAAUAUUUAUAGUCAACCUCCAGUAGCUAAGCUUCCAAGACUAUAAGCUAUCCUCUGACUCUGACAUAGAUAACAAGCAAAACAUGCUGUUUUCAAGCUAAUAAAAAAGUUUGAUUCCCAUACAGUUCUUGAAGAUUUAAAUAUUUUACAGUUCAUCAACAUUGCAUAACACUGCAAUUUUAAAAAAAUAAUAUAUUUUACUCUUAUUGUUUAAAACAAAAAAUGAACUAAACUAAACGUAUAGUUUAAAAUGCAA